UUUCUCUUCUGCAAGCAUCAAGGAGCGGAGGGAAAAUCGCCGUACCAAGUUUGGCUAAGCAUCAAACAUUGACAGGGAAUCAUGCGGGAAACGUGGCCUGAAGAAAGGCAGAUCAGACAAGCAUUUCCUCGAAUUCAAUCUUUCUGCGACGAGUCUGGCUCUGUUAUGGCAGCUCCGGCUGUAGAUCCCAACCCCGGUGUUUUGGAGGCGGACCCGCGUCCUUCGCAUCCUCCGUCUCGCCGCAUUUAGCCAAAAUGUGAUCGUUUGGGAGGCAGAAAUCUUCCGGCGAGGUUAUAAACGAGGCAAUAUCAAGCGGACUUGUUCCAUUUAUCCUGAACUUGUUUUUCUUGCUCUGAUGUCCAUUGGACGGAAAUAAUCAAAAUGCGGUACAUUCUUGCUCUCCUGCUCUACGCUUUCACCUGCAGUGCUAUGGCGCUAAGUCGACGUGCUCCCACCCCGGGGCAACUGGAACAAGUCACCGACUUUGGGGACAAUCCUAGCAAUGUUGGGUUCUACAUUUACGUUCCGGAGAAUCUGGCUUCCAACCCCGCCAUCAUCGUGGCAAUCCAUUACUGCACAGGAACCGCCCAAGCGUACUACAAUGGCAGCCCAUAUGCUCAAUAUGCAGAGACCCACGGUUUCAUUGUCAUCUACCCAGAAAGCCCAUACGAAGGUGGAUGUUGGGACGUCAGCUCCCAAUCAUCAUUGACCCAUAACGGAGGCGGGAACAGCAACUCCAUUGCCAACAUGGUGAAUUGGACUAUCAGUCAAUACAAUGCUGAUCAAUCCCGAGUUUAUGUGACCGGAACGAGCUCUGGCGCUAUGAUGACGAACGUCAUGGCAGCCACAUACCCCGAGCUCUUCGCGGCCGGCACCGUCUACGCAGGCGUUUCAGCCGGAUGCUUCUACUCGGACACCGACCAAGUAAACGGCUGGAACAGCACUUGCGCUAAUGGCGAAUCAAUCGCCACUCCGGAGCACUGGGCCAGCAUUGCUGAAGCCAUGUACACUGGCUACAGUGGUACCAGGCCGAAAAUGCAAAUUUACCACGGGAGCGAGGACGCUACUUUGUACCCUCAGAACUAUUACGAAACCUGCAAGCAGUGGGCCGGUGUCUUUGGAUACAACUAUGAAUCUCCGGCGGAGACACAGACGGACACGCCGUUGGCAGACUGGGAUAAGACAAUUUGGGGACCAAACCUACAAGGUAUACUGGCAAAUGGGGUCGGACACAACAUCCAGAUUCAAGGAGAGGAGGAUCUGAAAUGGUUCGGGUUUACCAGUUAGGCGGGAAACUUUGGCGAAUUUAUCAACUUCUACCUUCUCUUGGAUCAGUAAACCACUCUCACCCAAAUAUAACUUGAUUCGCCAAGA